UGCCAAUGUGUAGCACUUGCAUGUGAAGGAGAUGUCGCUGGGCGUCACUGCAAAACCGUCAAACACGCCAAGACGGGGCGGGAGGCUGCCUUGAUCACGUGUAGCUCCUCAUUACCCCAGCCGCGGGUGCCUACAGAAGGCACCCACGUCGCCAUAGAGAUCGAAAAACAUCAUGGCUCCUCGCUCUGAAGAAGCAUGGGCAUGGUUUGCGGCAGUAUAUCAGGCCGUGCAAGAGAUACCACACGGCCACGUCACAUCAUACGGCCACAUUGCGCGACUGGUGGGAAGGCCUGAAUGUCCACGCCAGGUGGGCGUCUGUCUAAAGCACCUGCCCUCGCCGAGCGCCGAAGGCAGCGAGCAGGACCCAGAGUGGCACAGCGGCAACGUCCCGUGGCAAAGAGUCAUCAACUCAAAAGGUUGCAUCAGUCCGAGGGGCCCUGGGGGGGCGGAGCGUCAGGCCGCAGCGCUGCGUGCGGAGGGAGUCGAGGUAACGCGUGGGCACUUGGGCGAGUAUUUCAUCGACUUCUCGGCAUAUGGAUGGUUUCCCGACAUGCUGCCCAGUGAGGCAGCAGACGUCGAGGGGUAGUGGAUGAUUAGGGAUCGGAGGAAGGGUGGGGUGGGGUACGUCUCUUGCAGGCCGGCCG